AUGGAAGGGAAAGUACUGGAUUACGUGCUGGUGCCGACGGGUCUGGUGGCAAUGGUGGCGUAUCACAUUUGGCUUCUUCAUCGCAUCAUGUAUCGCCCCGCCACCACCGUCAUCGGCAUCAACGCCGUCAAUCGCCGCCUCUGGGUCCGCGCCAUGAUGGAGGACCCGGGCAAAACAGGGGUAUUGGCAGUCCAGACUCUAAGGAACAACAUUAUGGCAUCCACCCUGUUGGCCUCCACCGCCAUCAUGCUCAGUUCCCUCAUCGCUGUCUUGAUGACGGGUCUCGGCGGUGGCGGCACUGGCACCAGCGGCUCCUCCACCACCACCAUGGGCUUAUUCUUCGUUUACGGGGACAAGAGCUUGCUGGGAUUCUCCAUCAAGUUCUUCUGCAUUUUAGUCUGCUUCUUACUAGCCUUCCUCUUCAACGUCCAGUCCAUCAGGUACUACAGCCACGCCAGCAUUCUCAUUAACGUCCCUCCUCCGCCUUCGCCGCCCCACAACCACAUCAACAAGAAGAACCAUCUCCUCCGGCACCGAGUUACCACGGAGUACGUGUCCACCACCGUCAACCGGGGGAGCUAUUUCUGGUCCUUGGGCUUGAGAACCUUCUACUUCUCUUUCCCUUUAUUCUUGUGGAUGUUUGGGCCCAUCCCCAUGUUCUUGAGCUGCCUGGUGCUGGUCUGCUUGCUCUACUUUCUGGACGUUGCUUUGCAUUUUGGGUCGGUGGCUCAAGAUAAUGUUGAUGAUGAGGGUGUGAUUCAAGUUGUUUAUGACGACCAAAGCAUUCCUUGA